UAUAUAUAUAUGUUUACGCCAUAUCACAAUAAACCUUUGACAGGAGUUUAUGACGUCUUGAGUAGAUUUAGUACCAAACUGACGAUCAUUACACUGAAAUAUAGUAUCAAUGGAUGAUCAAGAACUGUUGACGACGCUUAAAAUAUUAAUAAUUGGGGAAAGUGGUGUUGGUAAAUCAAGUUUACUUCUUCGAUUCACAGAUGACACCUUUGACCCAGAACAAGCUGCAACAAUAGGUGUGGAUUUCAAGGUGAAAACCUUAACAGUAGAUGGCAACAGAACUAAAUUAGCAAUUUGGGACACUGCAGGUCAAGAGAGAUUCCGAACGUUAACUCCAAGUUACUACAGAGGCGCUCAAGGCGUUAUAUUAGUGUAUGAUGUAUGCAGUAAGCAGUCAUUCAGUAAACUUGAUGCCUGGUUGAAUGAAUUGGAAACUUUCUCAACCAAACAUGAGAUGAUAAAAAUGUUGGUUGGCAACAAGAUUGAUAAGGACAAGAGAGAAGUCAGCAAAGAAGAAGGUCUCAAAUUUGCCAGGAAGCACCACACACUGUUCAUUGAAGCCAGUGCCAAGACAAAAGAAGGUGUCCAAUGUGCAUUUGAAGAACUAGUGGAAAAGAUCAUUCAGACCCCAGGCUUGUGGGAAACGGACAGACAAGGACUGAACCUCACUUCUGCAUCAAACAUUGAUCCUGGAAAGUGCAAUACUUACUGUAAUCUCAUUUGAUUGACGCUGCAACCCUGAACGUUUACUGAAUGUCUUUCAACUGUACAACACACGAAACUGGAACAGUCAAGUCGGCCAUAAUGUGAUUAGCGUUGAACCAGCCCUUCCUUCACUACAUUCGAUUUCUUAGCAAUGGAAAACUCGGUCAAAGAGAGUUUAUCAUUGGGUUAUGGUGUCUAGACUGGUCUAUGUUUUCAGAACAGUGUAACAGUAAGAGACAUAAUAAUAUACAGUAGCACCUGUGACAUUUUCACAAGAGUGAGUGCUUGUGAACAAUUUGACUGACUUCCAUUUUAAUCUAUUUUAUCCUAUUCAAUUAAUGUUGGACACAAAUACCAGUCUAGCAAGCUACAGCAAGUGCUUGGUCUCUUGAACAGUCCUCAUAUGUAAUGCAAAAUGACUGACAGUUAGAUCCAUUGUCAAAUUAGCUAAUUGCUAUUUUUUAUACAAAGUGGCUGCAGCAUUUGAUCUUUUGCUAAUAAAAUUAUUAAAUUAACCACAUUUUAAUAAUUUUCAAAAAAAUACUGUAUGUAUCUGAAAAUUGGCUAAACCAAAGUUUGGUAUGUGUGAGCCCUGUCAAAGGAGGGAAAAAAAGUGGCCUCUGAACACAGGUGACUGCUUACUUCAGGUCAGAAUAUAUUGAAUUCGAUGACUUCACAAUGUGUGAACUUGGAAGUGACUGUUAAAGAUAAGUGACUUGCCUGAGGGUUUGUCAGGAUGUGUAUUGGUAUGGUAUGCUUUAAUCUAGAUAAUAGCAUCCAAAUGAUUUUAACAUCCAAACCCCAUUAUCGGCUCUCUUUGACUAAAACAUCUCAUUUCAAAAAACAUUUUUUAGAUUACUAGAACGUGUUGUGUGUGAAGAACUAUGUAAGUAAUUAACACCCAUCAGAUUUGAAAGCUCAAUUGUCUACUUUCAUUUUGUUGUCCUCCAGCUGCCAAUGGUGCUUUGGCAUUGAAGUACUGUUGUAUUUUGGCAAUGAACUACUAAAUGUUAAACAUCAAAAGCAAAUGAAAAAUUAUUAUACCCAAAAUCUAAAAACCAGGCAUUAAAUUUUGUUUGUGCUGUUGAGAAGAUUAUCAGAUAAUAACAAAACAUAAAGAUAAUUACCACUGGUUACUGAAGUGGUUUCCAUCCUUUGUGUGUGGCAAGGAUAAACUUUGUAAUUAGAAGUUUUACUUGACACUACAGUGGAAAAAAGAUUAAACCAGUGAACUUGUUAUGCAGCUCUCAUUUUCGAAUUGGCCAUUUUGAUUUUAUGAUUUAUUGUUCUGUUCAUAAUGACAUUUGUUUUCUAUUUGAAAGCAUUUCAAUAAAACAUUUUAGCUGCUCACACCAAAGAAUUCUUAAAACAAUCUGAAGCCAUUUGAACUAAAACAGAUUUUGAACAGUUUAGCAAAACAUACAUUGAUGUUGGUUUGUUGUGUGAAUGCUUUAAUAGAAUUUAAUGAAAACACAUGAUGUGCAUAUGUACAGUCUUCAUUUGCAUAACAGUACUUCAGAUUUUGCAAGUGUAAUGAUGACGUUAUGAAGAUGUCAUUCUACAAUGAUUUGAAGUGUGGAUGUCUUGAAAUAAUGUGAAAAUACUUUGGAUUAUUAGUUUUUAUACUGAAUGCUAUUUGAAACCAUUUGCUUCAAUUGAUUUGAGGAAAUCAGUUCCAAAUAGUUUUCAUUGAAAACACUGAAUAUUUUGCUAUACGUCAAAUGCAUAAAAAGAAUAUUUUGCAUUAUAAAUUUCUUUUCUACUUCACCUGACCUCAAAUAAAGGCAUAUUUCCUAAGGAAUAUUAGACUGGUCUUAACAUCCCAACAGCCAAUGGGAUUAAAUUAAGCUGGUGCAAGGAAAAAAGAUGUCUGAACCAAACCAGCGACUGAGAAAGAAGAAAGUUACAGUCAUGUGACUGGAACAGGAAGCAGAGGACUCAUUGGAAGAUUAUAGCCAUCCCAUUGGCUGUUGGGAUAUUCGGACCAGUCUAAAAUCCCUAGGGGAAUAUGCCUUUGUUUGAGGUCAGGUGAAGUAUUCUUAAAAGAGAAAACAAUCUAUGUUUUUUUCAAUUAUAACAUUUUCAAAGAUGUCAUAUAUUUUGUGGUACUCACAUUUUUUGUUUUGUAUCUUAGAAAUGCUAUCCUGGAUACUGAAUGAGAUCGAUAUGGUUUCUUCUACAUCUUUCUGGCUUGUUAGAGGAAAAUGUUAAUUCAUUUAUCAGUUUACAUCAAAAUUUAAACUGCUAUCUUUGUAAUGGUAUGAUUUUAGAGGACUGUUAAAAACAUAAUUUAGGAUUGAUUCCAUUUAUUCAUGUUGUUGUUUUCUGAGACCGUGAACAAAUUUGUGUUUUGACGGGUUCCUUGGACUGACUCCCAUUACAGUAAUAAAAUGGGUCGCCUUUAGAUUACAAGUUUACAGUUUGUAUAUCUGUGUAGUCAACACAUUAUGGCUUAAUGGUUUAGCUAAGACAAUUAUUGCAUGGCGAAUGCAAUCCAGAGGUGCUUUGAUCCUUUGUAAUAAAAUGACAUUUGUGAUUUACCAGUAGUCAUCAUAGUGUUAUGAUAGCUUCAGAUUAUUUUCUCGAGACUUAACCAGGUUUUUUCUUUAGGUAAUGGUGUUUUUUAGUAGACUGUUUACUUAAUUUACAAAUAUGGUGUUAUAUGGAUUUUUCUGUAAUUUUUACUCUGUUCAUGUUUACUUUACACCUGAAGAAAGAAACCAAGUCAUGUUUACUGGUUUACUUUGCUUUAAAUUGUCACCACCACAAUCUUCAUAUUGUGAAUUUCUAUUGUUUAAUCCAGAAGAUUGGGUGUUGGUUUUUAUUGCCACCUUUCUAAAUUUAACAUUGGUAAUACAUGUAUGCAUGUAGAAGUUCGGGUUUUUUUUCUCAAAAUUAACACAGCUUAGUUUGUGUAUUAUUAUUAUAGUAAUUUCAAGGUUAUACGUAGUGUAAAAUAAUUAGUAUGGGGGGUGGGGGUAAUAAAAAAGAAUUGGGGUACAGUAAUUUAGGGGGGUUUUCAUCGAGACAUGGGGAGAAUUUUAUUGUAUAUUAACUUUCUGCAUUAGUUAAUGCUGCAUAUACAUAUAUUAUACAGGACCGUACCUAACCUAAAAUAACUUGGGGUGGGGUGGGCUAUGCUGGGGUAGCAGUAAAAACAAAUCCUAACAGAAUAGAAGCACACUAAUUAAGGGUCUUCUCACACUGUCCAAAAAGUGUAAUUAUAAACUAAGAUGAUAUUAUUUUCUUAUUUUUUAACAAGACCCAUCCCCACCAUCUGCCACCCCCACCAUCUUCACUAGGUAUGGCCCUGAUGUUAUGCAAUUACAUACCGGUAAUAAAUGUCAUCAAAAUGAACUUGAAAUCUCACUGAGGUUGGGAGUUCAGGAUGCUGACAGUUCUAGUUAUAUAUGCACUUGUAUAUAGCUAAUUCAUGUACAUGUAAAAAAAAAACAUACAUCUGACCGAAGCUGCAUGUACGUUAGUAUAGAUUGAUGGACUUUAAUGCAUUUAUUCUAUAUAUUGUAAUGAAUUAUAGAAUUUGUAGAUUAGAAAUUUAUCAUUGUCUAUGUUAGUAGCAUGUCAUUUGUUUAAAUAAGUAUUUCAAUUAUAUGGAGUGGUGGUUUAAUGUAAACUUAUUGAAUAACACACUUAUUAAAGUAAUUUGUUAUUCAGCACUGAAGAUUUUAUUCAUUAUUAAAUAAGACUUUCUUUUUCCUAAAAAAGAAACAACAUUUAAUUCUAGAGUAGGGCAUAAUCAUUUUUUUUUUUUAAUUAGUUAUGAAAAAUAUCUAAGUCAUGUUUUUAAAAAACAACGACAAUGUAAUUACCAUUGAUCAUUAUGAAGAAGGAAGUAGGUCUCACCCCACUCCCUACUCUUAGCUAUGACCAACACCUUUUUCUCUCUCUCUCUCUCUCUCUCUCUUUUUUUGUAUUUCAUUGUUAUUUUUUAGUUCAAUGAGUGCCACAGAGUUGAGCACACUUUUGAAAGGUGUAUAAAAUCCUAGGAGAUUGUUUUGUUGUUUUUGUUGUUGUUGUUUUUUGGGGGGGAUUGGGGGGCUCUAAGGUGGGACCUAAACUCCAUCUGAGGUCUUCUUCCAUUUAGUGUUUGGAUUUGGAUCCAGACCAUUCUCAAAUUGUUCUCAAAGCUCGAUCGUAUAAAUAAAUUGGAUUAUUGGUUUUCUUUAGAAUCUUGCAUGCAAUUAAUUACACGGUUCCAUAUUGUUGUUCACUGCUGACAUGUUUUAGAAUUGUAGUGGAAUUAUUUUCUAAGAAAUGAGUUCUUUAGAGUAACUUUGAGAUUUAUCAAAAUGCAAGUUAUUUAUACAGUGUACUAUGAUACUCAUGUAAAAAGUCAUAUAAUUUGUCGAUGUCCUUUUCCAGCCCUAGAAAAGCUUGGAAUUUUAAUUGGCGUCAUUAAAAGUGGUGGAAAAUUAUUUUUGUAAUAAUUAAUUAAUUGGUUUUGCUCGGUAUAAAAUGAGACUGGCAGUUUGAAUCAAAACAUUGAAAUAUUAUUAGAUUAUGUUGUCAAUCACGGAAAUAUCUUUGAAAUUCAUUAAAACGGUUUAUAGAAGAAAAACAAAGUUGUGGAUUUGGUUAAAAAACAAAAGUAUGAAGAUCUUGUUUUGUGACCAGAUUAACUUGCUGUACAAUAUAUUUAUCUUUAAAGAAACCAUAGUUUAAUGUGGCUAGUUUGUAUUACAUAUAUUUGUAUACAACUUGAUAAUGUUGACUGUAUGCACAUAACGUGGUAUUGAAUUAGUGGAAGCAUGCGGUAGAAUGUAAAUAAAAGAAAAUUUAUAUAAUCUGGUUAAUUGUUUACAUACAUAUUUGGUGUUGUCUUUUUAUUUUAAUGUAUGAUUUGUAAAUAUAGUAAUUUAAAUUA